AUGCCCUCACUCGCCCACUUGCGACGAGCAGUCGAGGAGACGCCCCGGACUCACUUCAAUGUGGCCCGCACAGUCUCUCAAAUCUACAAGAAGAUCCGCCCUGCAGGACAGAUUGGCCCCCUCAAGGUCUUCGCUCGAAGCGACGACUCUGACAAUGGCUCCGACACGGUUCUCAACGCCCUGUUAGCCGUGCUCGGCGUCGCCUUCCUUAUUCUCAUUCUUGUAUCUAUUCUGCUUGUGCUUCGCCGCGUCCGCCGCAAGCGGCAGCAGCAGGGCCAGGAGCCUGCUUUACCCUCGUACAACGACGUCAAGAACCACCAAGGCCUUACCAUCGAGACCAAGCACAACGGCCGCUCCAGCGUGCUCUUCAUCAGCCGGGACGGCCAGCCUAUGCUGCGCACUCCCAGCUCACCACCUCACUCUCCCGACAAUGUCCCCGAGAUUCACAUUACGUUCCCUGAUGAGCAAGACGAGCAAGGUGGCCGGAAGAGCGGCCGGGUUGUCGUUGUUCGCGUUGGCGAAAACGCAACAGUCGGCCUCGAGCCCAUGCAUGACGAAGAGCUGCCCGCCUACGAGAAGGAGGCUGGCGGCCAGUUCUACUCUGUCGAUAUGAACCAGAUUGGCGGCCUCAAGGAGAAGGACCAUUCCUACUUCGAUCACUACUGA